GCCUUCAGAACUCAGAUCGCCAAGUCAACAGAACAAUAGGACGCCUGCGAUCCUUCUCGGAGUCUACGCGCGUUCCAUGGACCAGGAAACUACGGUCUACAUCGGUCAAUAACCAUUUUCGAGACUUGUUGACUCUCGAAUCCGCAGCAGCAUCGUCGUUCUCUACCAGUCACCCAGACCACCGUCAAACUGGCAUACCCAACGUACAGGCUGUUCGAACCUGAACACAUUUCCUCUAAUAGACCUAUAAUACUCGACGAAUCCUACGCAUCGCCCGAGACUGCGGCUCUUCACGAAGAAGGGUUCGAGGGAGCCCUCGUGGCCAGGGCGGAUUCCCCAAAGGGUAUCCUUUCCAUGUCUAGUUACGGGAAGCCUCAACCAUCGCAACUUCAAGGUUACGAACGAGUAUAUCCCGAAAACUCGUACUCUUUCGCAGGUCCAAUUUACGGCUCGCAGCCCUCCGUCUCAUCAACAACAUCGGCACCAGUUUACCAAAAUGCACCUCAGCUGACAAUGGCAUAUCCCCCAAACCAAACGCGUCCGGGCUACGACGACCAGGCUGGCCCUUAUUUAAACGUCGGCUCCACCCCGGUCCCCGAAAUUACGUCCUGGACACCUUCCAGAGGAACUCGAGAUACCAAAUUCCAAGUCUAUUUUACGACAUUGUACCCGCUCAUGACAGCAAAUUCACCGAUAUUCUUCUUGAUGUUUGGGCAAAGGAAGUGUCAGGCUUCGCUGCAAAAGUUGAACCAAGCAGGAGGUGUGUGUUCGUACAACAUUACAGCAGAAGUUCCACCGUUUUCAUCGACGGGUUUCUCAGCCCCUACGGUAUCGGUAGUCAUGUUCAUGGAAAGUGGAGAUGGAGGAGACGUGAUGUCCAAAGUCGAUGUUGGGACCUUCACGUAUGUUGAUGGUGGAGAGCAAGGCGGGAGCAGCACACCUCAGGAAGUGUCGAGGAAGAGGAAAAUUUCUGCAGAAGACGCAGAACUCAUGAAGAGCCCCGCCAAAAGAACUGCGAGCCAGCAGUUGAGGCCGAAGGAGGAAUUUGGCAGCAGCUAUGGCUAUCCAUCGACAGAUUCGAAUCCGUCAUACUCGCCAUACAUGCAAUCGAAUUCCUAUGGAAAUGUCGCCCCCCAAUAUGGCAGCCACCAGAGCCGAUCUGCAGGGAGCUAUCAAGGGGGACAGCAAUCGCGGCAUCUGGCAUAUGGAUACCCGUCUUCCGCCACAGCAUCUCCCCCGUCUCUGAAGGCUCAAUCGCCACAAAUUGGAAACUGGGCAGGCUAUCCAACAGUCGGCUCGAACAUCGGUCGAGGUGGUGUUCCCUCGAAUGUGGCAGUCUCUCGACCUGCGUUAUCGUCUCUCCCUGCACCAUCCUUACCAGCAAAUCCACCUUUGAUCAGAACAUCAACCUUGCAACAAACGCCAAGCCCUGCAUCGACGCCACACGGUGGGCACCCUGGUCAGAACUUCAAUGCAUAUGCACUUUACCCGCACAAAGCGAAGCUUGAGAUCCAAGGGGAUCUCGACGCUAUGGCUCAAAACUGGACCGAGGAAGAGUUUGAAUCAAAGAGGAGGCUUGUACAUUUCAGGCGGUCUCAAUCAGGAAGCACGAUCACAACAACAUUCCAGCCUGUUUCCGUGGAUGAUCGACCGCCGAACAGUGUAUGCAUUAGCUGCAUCUACUGGGAAGAGAAGCAGGAGUGUUUUGUGACCAGUGUGGAUACAAUCUAUCUAUUGGAGCAGUUGGUUGCAGCCCGGUUCACUGUAGAGGAGAAGAACCGGAUACGGAGGAACUUGGAGGGUUUCCGUCCAUUGACGGUUUCCAAGGGAAAGUCAGACAGCGAAGAAUUCUUCAAAGUCAUCAUGGCUUUCCCUGCCCCCAAGCCACGCAACAUCGAGAAAGAUGUCAAGGUAUUCCAUUGGAAAGACUUGGCAUCUGCGUUGAAGAAAAUCAUUGGCAAAUACUCUGCCAGUCCAUCUUCAACUUUACCGCCAGCACUUCUGACACCGGUCAGCUCGACCGGCUAUCCUGAAGGGCCAUCUGCAGGCAUGGCAUAUACAAAUGACCACCAUGGAAUCAACUCCCCACGGUCGAUAUCAGGCUCAACGACAUCGACGGCGUACAAUUCUAUGAGCAUCCCUGCGCGGGCCCUCUCCCCUCACGACCAAAAGUCGAUGGCGUCUCAAGGCGGGCCUCCUGAUCUGCGAGUAGCAGUCUCUCACAACCCCCACGAGCACGCAAGUCACUGGCAAGGAGGAGCGCAGCAUCAGCUGCAAGGGUCGCAGCAGUAUCAACACUUGCAGAAUCAGAGCGGACGAAGCUCAUGGGGGGACAUGUAUCUCGAGGGCAGCCCAGCAACUAGCGCCGGUACUUCUGGACACGCCCAAACGCUGGCGUACCCCAAUUCCCGUAGCCUGGCGGAAGCAGCGGUGCCCGGGGGCGACAACCGCAUCGUGCGAAGUCUGUCGUCGCAACAACAGAGUCAGCAGGUGCCGCGUCCGUGAAGCGCGUGCGGCGUGUGAUUGGGUGAGGCUGAAUGAAGUGUGAAGUUGAGGGUGUGCUCCUUCAUUGGUCAUGUGUCCCUUCGUUCGCUAGCGCCUCUUUUCUCGGGGCCCCGGCUUUCUCGUAUUCCCUCACAUGUGCAGGCCGCCUGCACAACAUCGCAACCCUGCUGCCCACCCCCAUCCACCGAUGGCUUGAACUCAAAUCAAAUUAUCUCGAGUCUGGGUCUGGGUCAAGCCACCUGUUACACGACGAUA